UUUCUCACUUGCCCCGGUGCCGGCUCAGAACCUGCGUCAUCCAGGUUCGACGAGAGGACCAGGGAGGCAGGGAAUCGCUGAUCAGAUGUGGCGUGCGGGACCUUUCUCAACGGCGGGGCUGGGAGGUUUCGUCGGAUUAGAUGUGGAAGGCGUGGCGGUUCCCCCGCGCGGUCCGUCUCCGGCACCUGAGCUCGGACGUCAGGCGAGAAGGCAAGGUUGGAUGCCGAGGUUACGCUAGCAAUGCCCCGGAGCUGCACUCCAGUUUGGGGAACUUGUUGAAAGGUGGAAGCCGCCACGUCGGGGAGAAGCGCAAUUUAAUCUUUGCAGGCACUCUAGAUGAAGCUGGGUUUGAUUUGGAGCAGGAAACUGGAGAAAAGUGCAAAGCCGAUGCCCAUUCCGCGGUGAAAUUGUGUGCCGGUAUUGGGAGAUUGGUUAUAACCAAGUGCUCUCACAUAUUUGAGAGUAGACAGGACAACUUUGAAGGGAGGUGCAGCUUGCAAGAUGUUCUUAAACCUGGUUUGUGGCUCUCGCCGGAGACCCUCCGUCGGUUCUGGCGUGUUUCUGAGCUGAAACCUGAGCAGUUUCUUGACAUUCUGAUUGGCUUUGGACCUGGUGUGGCAGAAGUGAGAAAGGCAAGAUUUUUAUGGAAUUUGUACAGGUGGGCGUCGUGGCAGAGUAAGGAGUUCCGACAUCUGUCAAGGUCGAAUGAGACCAUGGUGUCAAUACUCGCAGAUGCACAUAUGCUCAAUCAAGCUGAAUCAUUACUUCUCUCAUUGGAUGAUAAUAUGGCGCCGGCUGUUGCAAGUGAACUGUUCAGUCGGAUUAUUUGUGUGUAUUCAGAAGCUGGCAACCUCGAGAAAUCAAUUGCACUUUACGAUUGUGCAAGAUAUAAGCAUUUCAUUCCUUCAGUUUCAUGCUAUCAAGUACUUCUUCAUUUUCUGAUCAGAAAGAGAAAAGAUGAAUUAGUUUUAAGAGUAUUUUUGGACAUGCUUGAAGUUGGAUUGGGUUCUUGCACCAAAGGAGAUGUUCUUGAUUUUGUUGUCAUGGCUUUAAUCAAGAAAGACAGAUUUUUGCAAGCUCUUGGUAUAAUUCGGCAGUUAAAGAGUUUGGAUCUUAAAUUAAGCAAGGGAUCCUUGUCAACUAUAGUAGAAGAAUUUAACAGGAAGAAGGACAUCGGGGAUAUGAUGAAUUUCCUGGAAGAGUGGAGGUGUUUGCCUGAGUUGCGUCUUUGCAACAGAAUUCUUACGUCUUCGUGCACAAAUCUUGGUACUGAUGACGCAUGGUUGGUCUUCCAAAGAUUGGAAGCCUUAGGGUUUGCUCCAGAUGCCAGUACCUUUGGAAUUUUCAUAUGUCAUAGCUGUAGAGAAAUGAAGCUGAAAGCUGCAUUUGUAUAUUUAUCUGAGUGCUUUUCUAGACAUAUUAAACCUAAAGUGUCUGCUUAUAAUGCUAUUUUAGGCGGUGUUUUCAGGGAGGGGCUGUACAGGCAUGCAAAAUAUGUCUUUGAAGACAUGGUUGAAAGAAAAGUAACACCGGAUCUUUCAACAUAUAAGAUAAUUUUGGCAGGAUAUUGCAGAUAUAGACAGCUUGAUGAUAUUGAACAAGUCUUAAGGGAUAUGAAAAACAAUGGUGUAAAUGAACUUCCCUCUGGAAAUUGUGUGCUCUUGAAGGCCUUAUCAUUCUUGGGGCUAGAUCACUUAGGAGUGAAAGUCAAGCGAGAUAAUGCCACUGGUUUUCCGAAAGCUGAGUUUUUUGAUUCAGUAGGCAACGGAUUGUAUUUGGACACUGAUUCCCAAAGGUUUGAGAUUUCAUUGGCACAAAUUUUUGAUAACGCACUUCACCCAGACAUUAACUCAGAGCUAGUCAAUGCAUUGCAGCGAGGCAACGUUGCAAGUGCUCUUCUGGUGAAAGAUGAAGCUUUUCAAUGGGGACAUAACAUUUCACCAGCCAGCUGCGCAGAGCUAAUAAAGGCCUUAUGUGUGAGCCCAGCAUACGUAAUGGAUGUCAUUGACCUUAUGGAGGAGAUGCCAGAUACCUUUGACCAACUUGAUGCUCAAACUCUAAAUUUAGUUGUCCAAACAUUGAGUAGUAAUGGGAUGCCUGAUCAUGCUAGACUGGCUUUGGACAGAUUGUUCAGAGGAGGCUUGUCAGUCAGUCAAAAUACAUAUACCUGUUUGAUGACAGGCUUCUGCGAAGAAAGGAACAUAGCAGGGUUUUGGGAAUGCUGGAAUCUUGCAACAAACUGUAGAUGGUCACCUAAUAGCAAGGAUGUGAUGGCCCUCAGCAGUUGCUUGUGCAAAUGGGGAGUAAUUGAGGAAGCACUGAAGCUUAUCAACCUGUUGCUUGACUGCUAUCCUGAUUUGUUUUUAAGUGCAUAUUGUGCACUUCUCGAAGAGUUAUGCAGGACAGGUUACACUAGUGUUGGAUGUGCAAUGCUGGAGGCCCUCGUAGAAAAGGGUGUGGUUGUGGAUCGCUCGCUAAUUUUUAAUGUGAUGCAGGGCUUCCUAAAGGAGCAGAAGACUGCCGAAUCAAUUGGAAUGUAUGACAUGUGGCUUAACAAAAGCAAAGUAUUAAAUGCAUAUACUUACCAAUUUGUGUUAUCUUCAUUACCAUGGCUUGAUACAGAACGAGCCAUGGGCUUGGUAGAAUCUAUGAUGACCAUGCAAUUUACUGAGGUCUCAGCUUGCUGUUGCGUUGUGAAGGAAUUAGUGCAAACAGGAAAUAUGAAGCAGGCAACGUCGGUCUUGAAAGAACCAACUUCUGGGAAGUUCAGUGGCACCUUGCUAAAUUCCUUUCUUGAAGCAUAUGGUUGUCUAAACAAUUGGAGAAAGUUAGAUGCAGUUCUGUGCAUGAUGCUAAAGAUGCAUGCAAACAUUUCUAUUUCAGGCUAUCGCUUUCUCAUCAGUAGAAUGUGUGAGCAAAGUCGGUUUUCUAGUGCUUCAAGCCUUAAAGUGCUGUUCCAACAUAGUGACAAGUCAAGAGAACUGAUUUCAUAUAACAUUCUAAUAUUUUACCUUUUUCAGAGAAGAAACACCCCACAGGUUCAUGAAUUAUUGAAGGACAUGGAACAUAAUGGUAUUUCUCCAGACAAAACCACCUACGACUUCCUUAUCUAUGGAUUUCACAAGUCUGGAGAUACCGAUGGUUCAGUUAAUAUGCUUGAUGCUUGUAUUGCUAAGGGAUUGAAACCAAGCAACCGCAGUCUCAGAACAGUGUUGAGUCAUUACUGCAGGCUAGGAAACCUUGAGAAAUCGCUAGCAUUACUUCGCUUGAUUGAGCACAAUGGAUGGCAGCAUGGUUUAGUCAUCAAUACCACCCUCGCAUCAUGUCUUCUUUCAUUUGGGAGAUAUUUUGAAGCAAAAUCAUGUCUGAACAACCUGGGCAAAAGUGCAUUUAUUGGAUCUGAUGUCAAUUUUGAUGCAUUCAUCAAGAAAUUCUGCAUAGUAGGUGACUUGCAAAUGUCUGUUAGUCUGCUAAAUACAAUGUUGAAGAAAGGCAAACUUCCGAGUGAACUUAGUUACAGUUCUGUUAUUUACAGGCUGUGUAUACUGAAAGAAUUUGAUCAGGCGCUUGAUUUUCUUGCUGAAAUGCAGUUCGCAGGCCUAAAACCAAGUGAGAUAUCAUGUGAUGUGCUCGUACGCGGCCUUUGUGCCGCGGGAAGAACCUGUGAUGCUAGGAAGAUUUUGGAAUUGUUAACCACCUUGGGUUCUGCACCAUCUUAUGGCAUGUAUAGAGUUGUUUUUGAUAACUAUUGUCGAAGUAGCAGUCUACAGAAGGCCGCGACACUUUUGCAUGACAUGCAACAAGCAGGGCAAGUACCCAACUUUGAUAUGCAUUGGUCUGUCAUAAGCAAUUUCAGCCGUACUGACAAGAAAACCGAAGGACAUGGAGAACCCAUUUUGCCAAACCUUUUUUUCUUUGAGAGAAGCCCCCGUGAAGGACAAUAAGUGGAACUUACAGAACUCAAUCAAACCAAGCUAAUGCAACAAUGCAAAUCAAAUGUUUUACUCGGGGAUGAAGGGUUCAUAGGAUAGUGAAACUACACAAGAGGAAUUAUGCAUCUUUGAUUUCAAGAAGAAAAGAGGGAACUUGAACCAUGACAUCAACCACCAGUCCAACACAACCUUGUUCUCUACAACUUGGCUCAAUGGCUGUGCCCGUGCUAAAAGGAUCAUGAGAAGGUAAUACCAACCUCUCUCGUAAAAAUGGAAACAGUAAUCCUGAAAAGUUGAUUUAUUCUCAUUACUCGCGUGCGCAAAUUUUCCGUGUUGAUUGUGACAACGCUGAUAUUAUCACUCCAGCCAAGGCAACUCACUCCUGCUGCUUUUCGGCUCCUCCCAAGAAAAAUAUGCAUACUGUGAGCUGAGGUUUCUUUCUUUGUGGUAUUGUGAGGAGCAGGUUAGCAGCUUGUGAAUGUGAGACAUGGGAGCACUACUGGUGAAAGUCCUAUUAUGCUACUGCUAAAAACAACCAGCUCCUUAAUAUCAUUGCAUAAUAACUCUUCAACAACCAUGCCACCACUACAUCACAGUUUUGAUUUGUGAGGUACUAUUUCUCCUUCAUAGCAAACUAUUGAUGUGUAAUCUGAUGGUAUAAAAGGCAAGUAUUAGACAUUUUUGAAAAAUUCUUCUUGUAUCAGUACCAGUACUGCUUUUCUGGAUUUACACCACCAUUACAAGAUUAUGCCCUGUUUCGUUGAAGCCUGCAUUGCAUUUGGUAUACGGUGUGUGCUCCAUUUAUAGUUAAUUAUCUGUGUUGUGGCUUGUGGGUUGCAUUUUAUUCUAGCUCUAAUGUCCUGGAAGGCUUUCCAAUUCCAUGUUUUGAUGAGCAAGAUGAGGUAUAUAGUAUAUAGAGCUGUAACUUAAUGAUGGAGUUCUAUGCUUGCUGGCUCUCUAAGGUCUAGGCAAGCAGCUGUUGCGAUGUAUCUAUUUAGUUGCAGCAAUAGAUGAGACUACCUUGCUGGUUAGCCAAUACUUGUAAGUAGUAUCAUUGGGAGUUGGUAUGUGCUGUGGGCAUGUCUACCAACUUAUGGGGUGUUUGGAUGAGAGGAAUUGCUUUGGAAAUAGGAUUUAGUUCAAAAUUUGAACUGAAGCAUAAGGAUUUGAAUCCAAAAUGCUCCCUAUCCAAACUGGUCCUGACUCCUAACAAUAGUAUAUAUGUGACCUGCAAAACUGCUUAUCUUGGUGUGGACAUGUAACUUCUAUGGUAACUGAUGCAUUAUUUCAUAUUCCUUGAUAUUUUAGUGCUCCUUCCCUUUUCCCAAAGUCAGAUGUGAUUAAUUAGGGCAUUUAAAAGUUAAAAAUUGCUCAUGUGGAAAAUAAACUGAAGGAAAAUAUUCAUUGCACACCUAUCAUUUCCUAUAAUACAAGGAAAUGAAAUACAAGAAGCUUGAAAGGCUUUAAUGCUACAAAACUAGAUACCCAUUUCAUGUUGAGUAGCUCUGAUUAUUUUUUUUAAAAGCAUAGUGCCGUUGAGUGCAAAUUCCACAUUGGGCCCUAAUUUUCAAAACAUAGGGCCCUCAACAAACACUUGGCAUGCAUACAAACUACCAAACCGUGCAUUCUGCAGCAUAAUACUGAUUCUAUUCAUUGCUGGGUGCAAUAAGGCCGACAUCUCCAUCCGUGUCCUGUGAAGCAUCAAUUCCAUUUGGGAUAUCAGUAGGUGAGGCAGAGCUCUUGAGUUCAGAUUCUUCCUAGCCCUUUUCUGCUGCAAGAUUCUUUGUCUGAACCCCGUGCCUUUUCAAAGCAGCUUUGAACUUAUGAAUCUGAAAUAGGAAAAAAAUAUAAUUUAAAAGAGCUUAAUAGGAUGUGUUCACAAAUGAGGUUAGAUCAUCCAAUACUUACAGUUGAAAUUGUGCAGCUGAAGCUACAGAUACGACCUUCUACACCUCUAUAAAAGCAGAACAUUGGCAAGACAUGGACAUUGAGCUUGUGACAGAUCUCUGUAUGUUCAUCGUAGUUGACCAUAAGAAAUUGCAAUCCUGGAUGCAUCUCAGCAAAUUGAUGUACCUUUGUGGACAUAUA